UUCGUGUUUUGUUAUUCAGUCAACAGUUAGCAAAGUUUAGUCUUACUGGAUUAUUCGGCAUUAAACGGUCAGAGCUCGGUUUCUAUUUAAUAUAAGCAUACAUCCAUUCGGAAUUGUAUCUAUAUGGAUUUGAAUGGUACAAACAAAACACUGUUAGCUAUCGGUCAAGAACCAGCGAAAUGGGGAUUUUGGAUACAGGAGAUAAUAACUCCAAUCAUCGUAGUCGUCGGAAUCUGUGGAAAUGUUAUGUCAUUUUUAUUGAUGAAAACCAAGUCUCUUCGAAGGAAGUCUUACAGUCACUUCCUGUGUGCGUUGGCAGUAUUCGACAGCCUCUGUUUGAUAAAUCGGCAAAUAACAUUGAUUCACGAAAUGAUGGUUGACAAUGAAAAAGAUGGCGUCUUUACGUAUUACAGCGACCUCUCGUGUCAGUUAUUUAGUUUUUAUGAACACGUGUGUUAUCUCAUGUCAUCUUGGCUAAUUGUUGGAAUGGCGGCUGAGCGAGGUGUAGCCAUGUGCUUGCCAUUCAGGAAAACCUUAAUUAGAACUCAAACAGGGGCGUUUGUGACAAUUAUGUCAACAUUCGUGGUCAUGUGUUUUACCCAAACAUUCCGUUUUAUCAUGAUGAAAAACAUCGGUGGACUUUGUCAAGGUAAUACGUAUACGCAUCCAGAGUAUAUCGAACUACAUAUCUAUUUCUAUCAAUUGACACUGGUACUUACCCUUCCGUUUUUACUGGUUUUGGUAUGCAACACUCUAGUGAUUUAUCAGAUAUAUUGCGUGCGAAAAGCGGCUGUCAGCUUAACUUUAAGAUCACGUGUUGUAGCGAGAUCUCAUAAAACAACAGUUAUGUUAUUAGCCAUCGCCUUCACAUACCUUAUCACGAUGUUACCAUUGGUGGUUAUAUCAUUUAUAUGGAUGGUUGCCAUGGAAAACUCGAAUGUUCGGAUGUUUUUCUCUCUCUAUCCUAUCCAACAGUUUGUCUCCGUCAUAUCUCAUUGUAACUAUGGUGUUAACUUUUUUAUUUAUAUUUUAUCAGGUCGGUCUUUCCGGUUCGAACUAAGACGUAUUUUUUCGCUUGAGAGACGUUCGACAAUAUCAACCACGAAAACAAGAGAGGAAAUUAUGCGUUUACAGUGAGAUUGUGGUACAUGCAUUAAAAUAUGAAACCAUUUUUGUUUGAUAUAAAUUUAUAGAAAAAUGAAAACAACACUUUAUAAUGUCAUGCGUCCGAAGCGCAUUUCAUCUAAGGCCAACUUUGCCUGAGGGAUUUGAAAUCUUAGUUUCUUAUUAUUUUUUAAAUUUUACCAACGGACAAUUUAAGAGCGUGACCAAAUUGUAGGGUUUAACUCUUAAAAGUCACUG